UUGAGUAUAAUAUUACUUUUAACAUAAUAUUAUAAAUCUGUUGGAGUUCAGCACACGUUUAGGAAUUAAAAGGCUAUUUUUCUGGCCAAUUUCUUGCCUUCCCGCUGCCAAGUUUUCGCAUCCUCCCCUCCAAACCCAAACCAUGUGUUGUUUGUUUAUGUUUUGGUACCAUCACUUCUUGGUUCCCUUGCUGCUAUCAUACAAUCACAAUCCAACGCUGGACGAUUUAUGGUGUAAUUACGGAUAUUACUAGAAAAAUUGUAACAAUGGUUUUAAUUGACCAAUGGUUGCAAAUUAAAUCAAAGGAUUUACAAGGCUUCAGUUUUAAAUACAGCAUAGAUGAAAAACAUCUUUUUUUCGUCACAGACUUGAAGUGUGUUUACUCAACCGCUGUUCGAAAAGGAAUUCUAUCCUCAACUUGUGCUGGGCUGGAAGGAUGCGAUGACUCAAUUUUGGAAACCAUUUUUGACAAGAUAGCGGAUCCAAACGCCAAAGCAAGUUUCAAGUCGCCUAGUUCUGGACAAUUCAUCCUUGAAAUUUCUAGUCGCAUCAGGGGCAGUGUGGAAAUCAUCACUUUCCGACUGGAGCAUUUUAACAAUCUGGGUGUUGAAGGGAUUCACUACCACUUAGUCGCUCCCUUGAUACACAUGCAAGCUGUAGCUGCUGCUAGAGAGGAAAGACUGAUGGAAAUGAUUGCUGAAAAGGAUUUAGCGAUUGCAGAAUUCAAAGCUUCCGGUGCCUCAAUACUUGCAUCUAUAAACACGAAACCUUUCAACGAAGAGCAGCUGCAGUCAACGAGAGUUCCUAAUAUCACCUUAAAUGAGGCGCUGGAACAAUCUGGUCCAUUGUACAGUAAAUCGCUGAAGAGACAAUUUGUGAAAUUGGAAAAUUCUACUGUCAACUCUGAACCUGAAGGGGAUACACGACGCACUCGUAAGAGAUACGACGAGGCUGCUGCUCAAAAGCAAGAACAGAUUAUGACUUCAGUUGCAGAAAGCAGUUCUAAAGUUUUACCGAAGCGGAAGCAGAGAGUCAGGAUUUAAUAAAAAAAAAUAUUUGAGUUGGAUUAAAAGGUUUUAUUUGCUACAAGAGUAUGGCGUGCUAAACAAGAAAGAAUUUGUCGAACAGUUAGCUCUUCAUAUUUUGUUUCAGCAAUAAUUUGAAAAGCCUACUUGGAUGUUCAAAGGUCAAGAAUUGCGAGUAAGCUAAUUAUUCUACCAAAACGAGGCUUAAAAUAAACAUUUUGCUUACAUUUUACACAAACUCCUCGUGUCAUGUUACUAUUUGUGUCUAAAAUAUAAGCUAAGUUGCAUUUAAUUCGACUUCUGUGAGCCAUUGUUAUUUAAGAGAAGCCGAGAUUUUUUUGGGUCGUGCAACCAGGGAUGUUAAUGCUUGAGAAGGUAGAUUGACAGAUAGACUACCCAUGCGCUUCUUUUUUUUUCCUCCCAUCAGGCUU